UGUCCAAAAUUAGUCGUAGUCUGGCGCUUGCACACAGCAGACGCUCUUAAUCAGAUAUAUCCAAGUAUAACCAAGUAUUAGCCACCAAAGGAGCAAUCAUGUCGGCGGAGGGUGAAUCGAAGUUUGGCUUCAAGGACAUGGAGAAGGCGCUGGAAACGCUGAAGUUGCUGGAGAGCCACGACAUGCAGUACCGCAAGUUGACUGUGCGUGGAUUGCUCGGCAGGGCAAAGCGAGUUCUAUCAAUGACCAAAGCGGAGGAGAAGCUGAAGAACAUCAACGAGGCCAUCGGAGUCUUUGAGAAGUGGCUGGAGGAGAACGGCGGCGGCGCAUCGAGCAAGAAUGUCAAGACCGACAGCGAGGACAAGGUGGAGACGGUGCCAGGACUCGGCUUCAAGGACAAGGCGGCUGCGGAGGCCACGCUGAGCAUUUUGGCGGAGCGUGACCCGGAUUACCAGAGGUUGGCCAUCAAGGGUUUGAUUGGCAGCUCCAAACGCGUGCUUUCCGGAACCAAGAACGAGGACAAGAUCAAGGCGAUCAAAGAGGGCGUCCAAGUGCUGGAGGAUUUCCUGGAGAAGUUCGAGGCUGAAAACAAGAUCAAAGACAAUCGUGCCUAUUUGCCACUCGCAGUUGUGGACAAGCUGCCGGAGUCCAAGGAUGAACUGGCCAGCGAGUUCCUGGAAGCCUACGGAGGAUCCAAGGCCAAGGGAAACUACAAGCACCUGCGGACCAUGUUCCCCAAGGCGGAUGACAAGACCAGUUGGGACAUCGUCCGCAAUCGCCAGUUGGCCAAGUUGCUGGAGCAGAUCAAGAGCGAGGAGGCCAAGCUCUUCGACGCGGAGUCCGGAGCACCCACCGAUCUCCACCUGCAGUUGAUCCACUGGGCGUACAGUCCGCAGCCGGAUAAGCUGAAACAAUACAUCGAAAAGCUGGCCAAGAAGACCCCGGAGAAGCGGAAACAGGAGAGCAGCAGCAGUGCCAACAGCUCCAGUAGUUCUGCCCAGGAUUCCGAUGAGGAGGACAAGCCCAAGAAGAAAAAGAAGAAGGAGGAGUGAGGAACUUUCUAUUAAAACAACAUUGCUGCCAUUUGAUUAACGAACAGAAACGGUUCAUUUAGUCCUGUCUUCGCUUUCAAAUCAAAUCUAAUUUGACAUUAAAGGAUUAUAUUUAAUCAAUAGUCCAAAUUAAAUCUGCUUUGAGAACGGAGACAGUGCUAAUAGUUUAUUUAAGUAACUCAACCUCAACGCAGACUACGAUUAAUGGUGGACACAUAGUUGUUUUCAGAUCCUCCUCUAUAUACACAGAUAAAUGUAUGUGUUACAUAGGCGUGUAGGCUAUAUGUAAAUAUCGUAUAUAACUAUUCGUUUAUGUCGUUCUGAUGAGCCUCGUUCUUGGGAUCAAUAAAUAUGUUUGGUAAAGUCAGGCAAAUAAACAAGAGAAGGGCACGGAAACUUAAAAUGUUUGACAAUCUAAUUAUGAACAAAUAAAACAGUAUGAAAACAUCUUGUUGAACUUC